UCCCUGGACAUACAGUGUGAGUUGGAUAUGGAUCUGCUUUGCUGGGGUACAGCGGAGCUUGGCCAGACUGGACAUGGAAGGCCAGGGUACAUUGGUCCACAGGAGGCCCAUCUAAGAGAGUUCACUUCAGCCAGGCUGGGCAAUGUGAAGCUGCUGGCGUGUGGAUCCAGUCACUCUGUUGUGGUUACAGUGGAUAACAAGAUCUUUGCAUGGGGAAAUGGCGCCAGUGGACAGCUGGGUGAUGGAGAGAGGGCAGUAAAGGAUCAGCCAGUUGAAAUUAAGUUGCCACAGGACCACAACGUCAGAGAAAAACUUGCACAUGUGGACAUCGUCAGCAUAGCCGGUGUAGCUUGUGGAAGCAGACACUCCGUUAUAUGGACUGAAACUGGGCAGGCCUUUGGUUUUGGGAACAACUUUUAUGCCCAGCUAGGCUAUGAUUUCCAGAGGGCUGACUUCAAAGAGCACCAGCUGGCACCGUGUUUGUUCCAGAAUCUUCCAUCAUCUCUGAAAAUAUGUCAAGUGGCCUGCGGAGAGCGACACACUCUGUUUGCGCUGGAGGACGGCACAGUGGCGGCAUGUGGGCAGAAUGAUUAUGGACAAAUUGGCAGUGGUUCUAAUGAAAAUGUGGUUGUCCCUCGCCUUGUGGAGUGUGUGCACCAUGUGUCGAAGGUCACCUGUGGGGCAAAUCACAAUCUUGUUCUUACAGGUGACGGCAGAUUGUUUCAGUGGGGCUGUGGACGGGCAUGUGGGAACACAAAGAGCAACAUCCUGUUCCCAGAGGAGGUGACUGUACCAAGCUUGCCAGUGAGAGACGUUGCUGGAGGUUGUUGGCAUAGCCUGCUUCUAACAGAUGGUGGGAAUGUCUUCUCCUGGGGGAUGGGGCAAGAGGGGCAGCUUGGACUUGGAGAGGACAGGCUGCACAUAUCCGCUCCUUGUCUUCUCAGCUAUUCUCAGCUUGCUGAGGUCACACAGAUAGAAGCUGGGGACAGCUACAGUGCAGCUGUCACAGCAGGUGGAGAGCUGCUUCUCUGGGGUCAGAUCCCCUGUGUUUCCCGGGUCAGUUAUCACACGGGCCUCAAAAGACUCUGGACCCCCCAGCCUGUUCCUCUGGCAGGCCGAAAGGUGAUUGAUGUUGCCUGUGGAAGCCAGCAUACAAUGGCUCUCGCCACAAGGAGCAGAGAGAAGAACAGACAAUAUUCUCACCCAAAAACUGAAGCUCACUUCAGAGACCUUGUCAGCAAUCUCUUACCAACGGAGAAAGAAAACACAGUGAAAGACUCGAGCCAGGUUCAACACAAGCUGCUUCAAGGUCUGGAGACACCAGAAGGCUCUGAGGAGCAGGAGACAGAUGAAGAAAGUCAGAGGGAGAGCGAUGCAGGCCCACUGCCAGCACAUUGCCCCAGCUAUUGA